AUGUCCGACCAAGGCGGGGUUUUUGGCGCUUUUGGUGCGGUGCUUGGCUAUAUCGGAGCAGAGGCAGCCACCGACAUCUGGUUUUCGUCAUUAUUAUGGCCCCAGCGAUCAUUUUCCUACCUCACAUUCCGAUCCAUUCCAACUCUGGCUCUUCUGAUGCCCAUGGGGGGUCCAUUGCACAAAGCCGCUCUGGGCACCUUCGAUAUCGCGAACACCCGAGGCCUAUUGAAGGGCGCCCACGAAGGCCACAUGCUGGGCACUUCGUUUUUUGAACAAACAGACUGGACCUACACCAUUCCCGGUGCUGCUAGCUCCGAGCCCCGCGCAGCCCGUAAUUGUAUGUGGGCACGAGCUCUUCAGUACAUGCCUCUGCCCACCGAAAAGGCUGCAUCGCUAGCAGGACUAUCCCCUUCAGCCACGAGCGAUGCCAUCGAGAAAGGCAUCCUUCCCCCACCCACUGACAAUUCCCGGAUCCUCUUACGAGCAAAAGUCGCCGUCUAUCACCUCAUCUUCACUCCAGCAACGGCUGAAGAUAGAGCCUCGCAGAUGCCGUUUGUGCGCGAGAACUGCGGCCGACCAGGCCCGCAUAUUUAUAUAAGCAUAUUGAUCGCCGAGUUGUCCGGCAUCAUUCUCUUUGCCGUCAUCUACGCCAUCGGCCGAUCACUCUGGUGUCUCAUCUGGCUAGCCCCACUGCUCCUCCGCCUCUUGAGCGCCUUCUUCGCCCUCGACCGCGAACCCCUCGUCCCUAUUUCCUCCUCCAUCUCAUCGCCUUCAACCACGCCGACUACCGAAGGCGAAUCGCCUCGUGAUUUUAUUAUGCACUUCUCCCAGUCCCAAGGCGGCGACCUCAUGAUCUUCACAGCUUUACCAGCCCUCGUACAACAGUUCUUCCGACACUACGGCCACCCAGUUCGGAACCGAGCCCGGGAAGUUCUCCAGCUAUGCAUUAUAGCGCUUUUCGCCGCUCUAUUUCCGCUAGGAUUGCUGGCCUCGACUCUCUGGAUGCCGCCUCUGGUCCAGUACGCGUGGACCUGCUACCAGCUGUACAUUGUCAUGACGAUGCAUAUCGUGCGCUACACGUCUUUUGGAAGGCAAACGAGCACGGAAUCUAAAAUCGCUGACUAUCUGGUAGACCAGCCGGCAAUUCUUUUUGGGGAGAAGAGGCAUGGGGCUGAGACGGUGAAAGUUAGCCUUAUUGCGACGUAUCAUGCGCGGCAUCAGGAGGGGAGGGAUUGUUUGGAGCGGUUGGUGAGGCGGUAG